AUGCCUCCCACAAAAAAAUCCAAAAAAGCUGCUGCAGCCCGUGCUCGGGCUGCACGGCACCCUCAAAAGCGACCUGUGUUAGAACCAGAGACUGGCAAACGACGAAUCCGCAACACACCCAGCACAUCGGGAAGCAGCUGUGAUCGUGCGGUAAAUGAGCUGCCGGAUGUGCUCAUCGACCUCAGCCUGGCUACGGAUGAGUCGGAUUGCGGUUACGACGGAGGAAUCGAGGUGGAGACAAGCUCAGCUGAUGAGUAUGUGCCCAGAGAUGGCAGCGAAGACUUCACAGACACCGAAAUCUCGGAGUACGAUGCAAAGUGGUUUGCCGAAGAGUUGGGGAGUGAAAUGGAAGCGCUGGAGAGGCGAAAGAAGACAAUGUUCGAGCAGAUACAAGAGAAGAGGACAGCGCAAGAGUGGAAGACUGCUGAGACGGGUCGGAAUCUGGGAUACAACGGGAACGGGAAACGGACUCGAGACCGCCGUGAGGCAGAAGCUCGACAACGAGACAAGAAGAGGAAGGAGGCCAAAACAAGUAAAGAUCCUCAAAUCCUGAUGAUGCGCACCAUGUUCUCUGUGACCUCUGCUGCCCCAGCCAAAACAACUCCGGUCGAGAGCCCACUGCCAUCAGCCCCUGCUGUCCCCGAAAUGAGUGCCGAAGAGCUGAACGAUUACCUGUCAGACAGAGAGUCGGAGGAUGAGGAGGAACGGAUGGCAGAUGAUGAGAUGGAUGAGGCGGACAGUGAGGGAACUUGCACGGCACCUUCCCAUCGAUUGCCCAUUGCCCCUCCGCUCAAAAGGAGGAAGCUCGUUGUGCCGGCACGUCAAACGCAGGCAGACAAACGCACAGAACACAUCAAAGUCUUGUCGAAAGCGCACACCGAUAUCAAGAAGCACAUACACUCAAUAAAAACCCAUUUUGACGGUGGACGCAACAGCCUUCAGGAAUACCGUGCCCGUGCCAUCCAAAGCUGUCUCUCCAUGGCAAUAAAGAGUGGCCGUAUUACGAUUGCAGACUCGGAAGUUGCAGCAAAGAGUCACGGUUUUGCUUCGAAGUGGGGUGGGAGAAACGUCAGAUUCUGGGCUCGAGAAUGGAUUCGGACACGCACACUCCCAAUAUCACGGAAGGGCCAGCAUGCCAAAGUCUAUUCGCUUCUCAAUGAGCCUGGGAUCAAAGCAGAAUUGCGGACGUACUUGCGAUCGAACAAGUGGGCAGUGGAUCCUGAGAAACUCAGAGCCUUCACGAUGGGACAACUCAUCCCUGCUGCCGCCGAGAAAUAUCUCACACACCUUGUUGAGGACGAAAUGCCCCGUGGUUUGAAGAAAUACAUGGAGCUGGAAAUCUUUCCUCGCAUUCAACUUAAGGCAGGCAAUAAGGGUGUAUCGAUCAUCACCGCGCGGCGAUGGCUCCUUAAGGAGGGCUUCAAGUUUAUUUCCCACAAGAAGGGCCUCUAUUUUGAUGGUCAUGACCGCCCAGAUGUGGUCGAUUACCGCCAAACCAUCUUUUUGCCUGCGAUGGAGGAGUAUGCGCGCCGUACAGUGCGAUAUGUGGUGGGGGAUGUUGCACAGGAAGCACCUCCGUUACCUGAUGGAAACUUUGUUGAACGGCGGCUGGUUGUGGUCUCCCAUGAUGAGAUGACAGCGCAGGCAAACGAUGCAGCCCAGAGGCGCUGGGUUUUUGAAGAUCAGCACGCAUUGCGCAAGAAAGGAGCUGGUCGUGGUAUCCAUCGGAGUGAUAUCAUUUGUUCGACUGUCGGUCACAUCACAGAGGCCGGAGUACAGCUGGAAUACGGGAAGAAUCAUGAUGGAUAUUGGACGGGAGAACACUUCAUCGACCAAAUUCAAAACAAGAUCAUUGGUGCAUUCGAGGAUCGACACGGUCCUGGUUAUCAAAUGCUUCUCAUGACAGACCACUCGCAAGGGCACUCUGUUUAUGCAGAGGAUGCACUCCUUGUUUCUCGGAUGAACGUCAACCCUGGUGGAAAGCAGGCACACAUGCGUGAUGGGUGGUUCACGCAGGGAUUUAUCCUGAUCAGCCCAAAGGCUUGA